GUGGAGCUUCUCUGUUAUUCAGUCGUGGGAUUUCAUCUGGAACAGAUCGCCACUUAGUAGAGCUUACCGAAAGUUUUAUUUAAAUUAUCUCGCAAUGAUUGGAAGCAAAUCCUUUACUUGCUGGACCAUCCUCAGCCUCUGUGUUGGCCUGAUCUCAGGCACGGCAGUGGACCAGUAUGGCAGAUAUGGCACUGGAGUGUCCUCCUCCACCACCCAGAGAAGCAACUCGGAACUCCGCUGCAUGGACAUUAAUCCCCAGAACUCGGUGGACUUGGAACAGAUGAUGGGCCUCUGGUACGGCAGUGAGAUUAUUGUACACACCCAAGAUUUUCCGGGAGUCUACGAGUACGAUUCUUGUGUAAUCAUCCACCUGGCCGACGUCACUGACCAAGUUCUUUUGUCUCAGCAAAAUCGUCGCUUUGGCAUUGAUGGUUACAGUGGCUACGAUGCUCAAAAUUACAACCGCAAUCAGAACAACUAUGGAAGGACUACGACUCCACCCUCGUAUCUGGCCAGCGAUGAGUAUCCGCGUUAUAACCAGGGCGUGCAGAAGUUCCUCCGCCUGGUCUGGAGCGAGCGGGACAAUAACCUGGAGUACACAUUCAACUACAGCACAAGUUCACCCGGCAAAUGGUCCAAUAUCGGUGAUCAGCGGGGCUCCCUGGUGUCCCUGAACUCAUACACCCAGUUCACCGGCACUGUCCAGGUCGUAAAAGCUGUCAACGACCACCUGGUACUCACUUUCUGCGGCAAUGAUGUCAAAAGUUCCAUUUACACGGUGGUUCUGACCCGGAACCGCUUGGGUCUCAGCUCAGAUGAACUGAGGAGCAUUCGCAGUCUUCUUUCCCGCCGAGGACUCUACACGGAGACCAUCCGCAAGGUGUGCAAUGGAUGUGGCCAGCUGACUGGCAGCUUCCUGGCUUUAAUAACACUCUUUCUGGGCAUCCGCCUGGCGGGAUGGGGGUGGGGCCAGUGAUCCCAUCGGCCUGCAAUCAGCUUAUUAAUGAGUCCAGCCAUAUUAUGUUAAUUCAUGUAAAGACUACUUAAAAUAUACAGAGAGGGCACUACCCAUAACUAA